GAACCAGCCUUAACUGACGGAAAUGCAUUAUAUUAAGCGCAAAACUUGAAAAGUUUCGGUCCAAAAAUGCAUAUAAAGCGGGUUGAACUUCGUGGUUUUAAAUCCUACGGUGAAAUGACCAUUUUAGAUAACUUUGACAGAAAUUUUAAUGCUAUAACUGGCCUGAAUGGAUCUGGAAAAUCAAAUAUUUUUGAUGCCAUUUGCUUUUGCUUGGGUUUACAUGCGUUGAAAUCCAUGAGAGUUACGCAUACAAAAGAUUUAAUUUUCAAGGAGGGAACAGGUAAUGUAACUGAAGCUCACGUAUCCAUCAUUUUUGAUAAUACUGACAAAAAUAAUCGGCCAAUUGGAUAUGAAGACACAAAUGAAAUUUCAAUAACUCGCAGUAUCAAAGUGAACAGUACUGCAUCGAGAUACACACUAAAUGGAAAUGUAUCUUCUAAAGAAAAAAUUGAGGAAAUGUUAGCAUCUGUUCGAAUCAACAUGAAGAAUCCAACAUUUAUAAUUCUUCAAGGAAGAAUUAAACAAGUAAUCAAUAUGACUCCUAUUGAGACUCUUGGCAUGGUUGAAGAAGUAAUUGGAACCAAAAACUACGAGAAAAAAAAGGCAGAUGCCGUUAAAACGAUUGAAGAAAAAAAUCAAAAGCUAAUUGAGAUAGAGAAUUUGAUAGAUAAUACUAUACGACCUCAUCUUAUUGAGUGUGAAUCUGCGAAGGAGGUUUACGACAAAUACGAGCAGGCAAAGCGAGAGUAUGAUUACGUUCAUAAAAAGCUCAUUGCAUAUGACUUUUUCAAAAAUACAAUUAAGAUAGAAAAGUUGACUAAGGACAAAGAAGAGCAGAAAUCAGUGAUUGAAAAACAGAAAAAGGAGUUAGAAGAAAAUAAAGAAAAACAAGAAGAUUUACGUGGACGAAUCAAAACAUGCGAAGACGAUCUGAAAAAUAACCAAGAAAUGAUAGAAUCCAAUAAAAAUAUUCACGAAAAACAAAAAGAAAAGGCUAAGAUUCAAGCUCAGGUAAACUUGAUUGAAAAGGACGUUAAAGAUGAUGAAAAAAACAUAAAAGAUCUCCAGAAUAAGAAAGUCAAGAUGGAAAAUAAUGCAACCCAUCAAAACAACGAAUACAUUGAAGGAAAAAACCGAUCCGAAAAUUUGCUAAAAGUCUAUGAAGAAUCUACUAAGCAACUUCAAAGGGCGACAGACAGCUAUAUGGCAGCUUCAGCUGGAAGACAAAUGCAACAAGAUGGAAGGACUUUAACAGUUCAUGAAAAACUUAAUGAGGCUGAGAAAGAUUUAAUAAGAGCUCAAGGAAGUAUUAAAGAAUAUAAAAUGAACAUAAAGCACACAGAGAGAAAAUUAAAAGAAAAGUCAUCCAAGCUUGCUAAAGAGGGCAAUAAGGGCGAAGAAGAAAAACUAAAGCUUAAAAAGUUGGAAAAUGAAAAAUUAAAGAUUGAGAAACGUUUGGAAGCAUGCAACCAUGAUCCUGAAAUUUUUGAACAAAUGCAAGUUGAAGCCGAAAAGCUACUUCAUGAAAUACAAAAGUUAGAAAAAUCAAUAGGAGAUAUAAGAACAAAACAUGGAUUACCUGAAUUGGACUACACUCCUCCUGUUAAUUUCCGAAAGGAAGAAGUUCAUGGAAUGGUGUAUGAGUUAUUUAAAGUGAAAGAAGAGAAGUAUACAACGGCAGUUGAAUUUAGCUUUCAGGGAAUAACAAGCGCGGUUCUUUCAAGUGACAACACUGCCUCUAAAAUUGCUAAGUAUUUACAACGAACGUACAACCUUCUCUGUAUGGAUAAAUUAAUGAAAUUGGAAGUAUCCGAGGACAAAAUGAUUGAUGCGAAAAGAAUUUGCAAAGACGUUCACAAUUUAAUGGAUUUGCUUGAGUAUGAUACUAAAUAUGCUAGAGCAAUACAACGCAGCUUUCCACCAACAAUUGUUUGUCCCGACACAAAUACUGCUUUCAAAGUUUGCAAGAGUGUUAAAGUAAAUACUGUUAGUUUAGAUGGGGACACUUAUAGCCCUCAGGGGUUAAUAUCUGGAGGUUCGGCUCAAAAGCAAACUAGAAUGCUAGGGACAAUGAAGCUAUAUGAUGCUCUGCAGACUCUGAAACCAAAGAAAGAAAAGUACUUAAAUUUGAAGAAUGAAAUAAGUAAAAUGUCCAAGAUUCACAACGAGUAUGAAAACAUCCGCCACCAAAUGAACCAAAUAACGGGAGAGGAGGAACUACAAAGAGAAAUCGUUUCUAGAUCAGCUGACAAUGAACUUCGAACUGAAUGCGACAAUUUAAAACAGGAAUUAACAACAUAUCAAUGUCAUUUGGAAGACGCUGAAACUAAGCUAGCGACGGCUUCAAGUCUCGUAAAACAAUAUAAAAACGAAGCUGAAAAUUUUGAGGCCACUAAAGAAAGAAUCUUAAAAGAAGCUUCUGAAGGGCUCGCAAAAGCAAAGAAAAAUGAAGCCAAAGCAAAGAAAGAAUAUGAAAAUUUCGUUGAAAAAUUUUCUACUGUUCAAAAUGCUCGGUCAACGUACCAGGACGAAAUAUCUGAAUUAGAAGAAGACAUGAUUAAACUGAAGGAGUUAAAUCAAAAACGUGAAGAAGAAAUAAAAUGUCUCUUGGAAAGAAUAUCAUCGAUUGAUGUAGUUUUGCAAGAAUUAGAUGAAAAGAGACAAAAGAUAGAGGAAACUUUCAGUGAGAAAAAUAAGGAAAUCAAGACAUUCAAAGAUAGCCUAAGAUCUCUAGAAGAAAAUUCAGUUUCUAAGAGCAUAGAUAUGAAUGGUGCUGAAAACUCUUUGAAAGAUACGAAAAGAGAACUUGAAAAUAGAAAAAAUUAUUUAAGGAAGUUAAACGAAGAGAAUCCCUUCAUUAGCGAAGAGCAAAACAAAUUUGGUCAGAGUGGUACUAAUUAUGAUUUUGAAUUCUUUGAUAUCAGAAAGCUAGAAAAAGAAGAAGGUAAAUGGAGAAAAAAAUUAGACGAAUUUAAUAAAAAUACAAACAUACGCGCGGCUGAAGCCUAUGUUCAAAAGAAAAACAGCUAUGAUGAAUUAAUAGAAAAAAAAAGAAUAGUUCUUGAUGAUAAAAAGAAUCUCCAAAUUUUUAUAAACAGUGUUGAUGCGGAAAAAGAUGAGGCUAUAAAGUAUGCCUGUCAGAAAGUAAAUGUGGAUUUCAAUAAUAUAUUUGCUAUGCUGUUGCCAAAUGCGGGAGCAGAGCUGAAAGCUUACUUCGAUACGAAAAACAAUCACAAAAUUAAUGGCUUACAAAUAAGAGUUCAUUUUGGUGGAAAAUGGAAAGAAAGUUUAGAUGAACUAAGCGGAGGGCAGAAAUCUCUCAUGUCUCUUAGUUUAUUAUUGGCAUUGCUGCGAUGUAAACCUUGUCCAUUUUAUAUUUUGGAUGAAAUUGAUGCCGCAUUGGACACGUCUCAUACUCAAAAUGUCGGACAAGUGAUACAUACAUUUUUCAGGGAUAGUCAAUUUUUGAUUAUUUCUUUAAAACAAAAUUUGUUUGCAUCAGCCGACGUCCUCUACAAGGUAAGCAACAUGAAUGGACUAUCGAAGGUGGAAAGAAUUUUUAACGCCAAACGUUAG